UGAAAGAUUACACUUGAGAGUCGAAAUACAUCUUUACAUCACACGUCAGUGGCCAGUUAGCUGUCUUCUAAGUAACACGGAUUAUACAGGCUGUUGACUUUUUGCAAUCAUGCCUGCGUGCCUGUGAGUGACUCUAGCAGUGAUUUCCGAGACUCUAGUGCAUGGACUGAAUUGGUGUUUUAAGCAUCGUCUGGCUUGUAAAUGGCUGUAUCUACUUUGAACAUGACUCCGUACUUCACCGGAUAUUCCUUCCAGGGACAAGGGAGAAUGAACCAGCUGGGUGGUGUUUUCAUCAACGGCCGACCGCUGCCGAACCACAUCAGGCUGAAGAUAGUGGAGAUGGCGGCGGCGGGAGUGCGGCCCUGCGUCAUCUCGCGCCAGCUCAGAGUCUCGCACGGCUGCGUCUCCAAGAUACUCAACAGAUACCAGGAAACUGGUUCAAUACGCCCGGGUGUUAUAGGCGGUUCGAAGCCAAGAGUAGCAACGCCCGAAGUAGAGAACCGGAUAGAGGAGCUCAAGAGACAAAACCCAGGUAUAUUCUCCUGGGAGAUUAGAGAUAAAUUAAUUAAAGAGGGCAUCUGUGAUAAAAACACAGCGCCGUCGGUCAGUUCGAUAUCGCGACUCAUUAGAGGCGGGAAAAGAGACGAGUCAGAUAGAAGAAAUCAUAGUAUUGAUGGUAUUCUAGGACCAUCCUCAUGCGACGAUUCAGAUACUGAAUCGGAACCUGGCAUUACACUAAAAAGGAAGCAGCGUAGAUCAAGAACUACUUUCUCUGGUGACCAACUGGAAGCGUUGGAGAGAGCUUUUACAAGAACUCAAUACCCUGACGUCUAUACAAGAGAAGAAUUGGCGCAGAAAACGAAGCUGACUGAGGCUAGAGUUCAGGUCUGGUUUUCGAACAGAAGAGCUCGUCUGAGAAAGCAAUUGAACUCGCAGCAAUUGAGCGCAUUCAACACGAUGUCGUUGCAGUCCGCUUUCCCAUCCGUCCAUCAGCAGUACGAACCUCCCUCCAGCUUCAACGCCCAAUGCGCGUCGUGGCAGCAAUCCUACUCCUCUGCUUUAGGUACGAGCUCGGUUCUGAAUUCUGCUCUACCACCUUCCCUCCACCAAUCGACAUUAUCCGCGCCUUCGGUGUGUCAGUCUGCCUUGUCAGCUCCUCUCCACCCGCCUACUUCGAGCUCGUUCUCCUCAGGAAAUUUGACGCAACUAUCCCAUACCGAGCUACCGACUCCCGCUCAAUCCGAUGCCACUCCACCCAGCACGAGUCCAAACACCUCAAGCUCGCCCAACCAAAGCAGUGCGAUUGGGUACCAGCACCCGACCUACGCUAGCCCGAGCGACAGCGUGCUACACUCCUAUGGAUACGACUACGCGAAGCAGGACCACAUGGCACCCCAUAACCACUGGAGCUCGAGACAACUGAGCGGCCACACCCAAAAUAAAUUGGGAGAGAUGAGCGCCUGGCCCGAAAACUAUAGUUCGUUCUUCGGCACUGGUGCCUCACACUACGGGCCUCAUGCCCACUCGCCGGGUGAGGCGAAGUCAGGAUAUCCCUAUAUAGGCCAAUUGGGCGGCAUGGACAUGGGAAGAGUGCAUUAAGACCUUUUCGCAAGACCAUGAUCCCGGAUAUUUGGCAAAGUCUAAUUUGGUACGUAGUUAGGUCUGCCUAACCAUUAUGACCUACUAUUAUCGCAUAGUGACAAUUAUGACGUCACUACUGUUUGUAGCGAAAUUUUACCUUGCAAGAAAAUGUAUGUACAAAGUUUGAAGUCCUAUUAUAUUUAGCUUUAAAAGGCAACACGGUGCCUUGUCUUAAAUAUAGUGCCUAAUAAUGUACAAUGUAGGUUUAUUGUAAACGAAUUAUAGGUAUUAGGAAUGUUUGUAUGUACCUAGAUUGUAGAGUUUACGACGGUUUUAUAUUCUACAAGUGUUUGUUACAAUGUACCUAAAUAGAAAAUUUGCACAACUGUUUUGACGUUUACAAUUUUACGUCUUUUAAAAUGUUUGUAAUAGUUUAAAAGAAUUAUGUAACUUAGUAACAAAAUAUUCUGAAACAACAUUUUUUGUAGUUUUCUAUAAUCAUAGUAACUAGCAUCAUAAGUUCCUAAUAUUCAUAAAUUUGUAUUUUUGUAAAUAAUAUUAUAGUGUACCUAUU